GACAAGUCCACCUAUUUGUGACUGGACAUUCCCAUCUGCAGUUUCUCUGCCAUCUUUUGCGAUCCUUUAGGCGACGAAGCCCCUUAUAUCCCUUGGUCAGGGCCCCUUUCAGCGCUCCCCAAGUUCAGAGAUGUCUCCCGAUCCUGUUGCAACGGCCCCUGCCGGCCAAACGCUUGAGAAGAAGCCUGUCAAAUUCAGCAAUCUAUUGCUCGGUGCAGGUUUGAACUUGUUCGAGGUCACAACCUUGGGACAGCCGCUGGAGGUGAUCAAGACAACCAUGGCUGCAAACCGAGGCGAUAGCUUCGCCGGUGCUAUGGGUCGGAUUUGGGGUCGUGGCGGGAUCCUCGGUUAUUAUCAAGGUCUCAUUCCGUGGGCCUGGAUUGAGGCCUCCACCAAAGGCGCUGUCCUACUCUUUGUCGCGUCGGAAGCUGAAUUCCGCGCCAAGGUCCUUGGUGCCCCCGAUUUCAUGGCCGGAAUCGCUGGUGGUAUGGUUGGCGGUAUUGCUCAAGCCUAUGCAACAAUGGGAUUCUGUACCUGCAUGAAGACAGUUGAGAUCACCAAGCACAAGAUGGCUGCGCAGGGUGUCAAGCCUCCCAGCACCUUCGCGACUUUCAUGGACAUCUACCGCAAGGAAGGUAUCCGUGGUAUCAACCGUGGUGUCAAUGCGGUCGCUAUUCGCCAGACCACCAAUUGGGGUUCCCGUUUCGGGUUCUCUCGCUUGGCGGAGCAGACAAUCCGCAAGGUAACCAACAAGGAUGACAGCCAGAAGCUGAACGCUUUCGAGAAGAUUCUGGCUUCGAGUCUGGGUGGUGGUUUGUCGGCUUGGAAUCAGCCCAUCGAGGUGAUCCGUGUCGAAAUGCAGAGCAAGACCGACGAUCCCAACCGCCCAAAGAAUCUGACGGUUGGCAAGGCUGCCAAGUACAUCUAUGAGAAUAACGGCAUCAAAGGUCUCUACCGUGGUGUGGCUCCUCGGGUGGGGCUGGGAAUCUGGCAGACCGUCUGCAUGGUGGCUCUGGGUGACAUGGCCAAGGAGGCAGUCGAAAAACUGACGGGCGAAGCUGUCACCGCAAAGCACUAGGGAAGGUUUGAGAUACCCUUCUGCCAUGCACACGGUCGGAGGCGGCAAGAACACAUGCUGGCCCGAUGUUACAAGCAUUUUAUUUACUAUACUAGUG